CUGUGCUUUCUGUUGUAUUACAGGCAUUUCUUUUGGUAACCACUGAAUUUGGGAAAACAUAAAGGACAUCUGCUGCUUUUAAAGCCAACUGUAUUUUCAAGGCAAAACAGGCAACAGAAAGAGCAUUGCUCUUUGUAAGACCAAAACCAUCAAGCAAGGAUAUAAGGGAUAUAACUUAUAUUCAGUAAUAAGGAAGAGGACAGAGGAAAGCAGGGUGUAACAACAGGUGAGAGGAGAAAACAGCGAAACAACACAACAAAACAACCCUUUGCUCUUAUCAGCUGGACUGGCCCAACAACAGCCCAUUCAGAAACCAGGAAAUGCAGCUAAAGGAAGGGCUGAGACAUGGCCAUGGGUGGGGGGAACAAAAGGGGAGGAAACACAAGACAGCAGCUGUACUGGGGAUCAAGGCUCAGGACUCCCACCCUGCCCUGAAAGCUCAGGCUGUGGUUAAGUUUUCCUGAUGUCUUUCCACGUGACGAUCUUUGUUCUGUGACCUAAAUGAAAUCAAUUGUACAAUAAUUCUCCUGGGUACGGCAACCUUCGCCUGUAAUCUCAAAGAUUACACCUACUCUCCAGCUGUGGGGCUUUGGGUAGGGACACAAGGGAUUUCUGAGCACCGUGGGCUCAUGUUUUAAUACAAUUGCUUGGCUGCUCCUCCCAGACAACUGAGGGGGCUGUGUCUUUCUAAUCAACUGCUUCAGAGCGUGUUAAGAAGAAAAGGCUUUGGCUCUCGCUUGCCCCCCAAGGCCCAUCAGAUCGGGGCUGCGGAGGUAAUAGAAGCUGUCAGAGAUCUGCCUAAAUGCAGACAGUGGGAUCAAAGCAGAUGAGGGACAUGCACAAUGGGGAUGUUUGGUGCAGAGCCCAUCACCUCAGCAUAUAACCUUAGACUAGAUGAUAUGGUUCCAUCUCCAUUGCAGCCCUGUUGCACUCGCUGGGCUGCCAGGCAGCCUUUCCCCCCCUAGAACACAGCAGAUAUCAGAGCACAGCAAUGAGACAACUGGGAGUGAAUGAGCUGAAUGCAACGUUUGAGCAGCAGCCGAGAGCUUCCAUCAGUGUUCUGUGCCAUAAGUAAAAGCAGUGCCCCUGCCUCUGUGCCUCUGCACUGCUGAGAAAGUGGAUUGUGGUUUUGAAGGCUCCUGUGUUAACUGUGUUCCCUUUGGGGAUGUGAGGAGCUGCUGCUCUCAAGUUGUGGGACUGAUACAAGGAACAACAGGAAAACAGCAACGUGAACAUCGUGUCCCAAGGAGAAGUUGUGUCAUGUGUUGUCUGGAUGCAGAAAGGUACACACGUCUGUGUUUGUGAACUGGCACCUCCCACACCUCGCUCUGAAACCACUGGGAGAACAAACCUCACCUUCAAACUGCAGAUCUCUGCUUCCCAACAGCUGCAAAACCAGACCCCAGAAGUGGAAAAACAACCCUGAACCGCACAAAGAUGAGCAGAACAGCUUCAGUUCUUGUGACAAAUGACCAUCCUCAUGCACUGGGCAGAAGGAGGAGCACUGUGUGAUUAACUGUUCCCCUCUUAGAAUAUCAGAUAAUGAUGCUAUCAGCACCCACCUGGUGUCCUCCAGUUCUCUGCUCUCAGCAGCUUUGCACAGGUUGCUCUGGGAGGGGCUGCUGUGCCCUUCCAUGUUUCACUUAGAAGCUGGCAAACCUGUCUCCAAGCCUGGAAUUAAACUCAGCCCUGCUGGCUUUGUUAUUAUGUUCAUCUUUGUGUUACUUAAAUGCUCUGUGCUCCUGCUCUGGGCUGGCAGCCAUCCAUCUUAUCUCAUUGCAAAGUAAAUGUGCCUUCGUGUAGAACUGCCUCAGACCAUCAGCCUGCAGCCCUUCUGAUAUUGGUGAGUGAAGCUGGCACUGGGAGAGGUUGUUUGAGGAUGUGGAACCCCCAUAAUGUGAUGUUGGUGCAUCCACUGGUUGUGCUCCAUCCUGAAGGAGAGCAGUCGCUGUGCUUUGCAUCACUGCAUGACUUCAACUGCAUGACUUUAUGUGCACAAAGUGAGGUCAGCUGUUCCAAAACUGCUCAGACAAUGAAAUGUGGCACUAACAGAGACACCUCCCCUCUGUCAGAGCAGCUGAGACAGACUCCAGUCAGAGCAGGAGGAACCGAAGUUGUGUUGGACCUGUUGAUGGAACGCAAUAACUCUGCACAGCAAUAACUCUGCACAGCCUUCUGUCCUGGGAAGGGCUGAGGUUCUGAAAGAGAAGUUCCCUUUCUGCUGCCUGUCCCAGUCACAGCAGCAGAUCAGACCCAUCACCAGAUGCUCCAGGGAUCUCCUGUGUGUGUGGACACGGCUGCACCAUUCAGACAGGAAAACCUUUGGGUCACAGACACGCUGCAGGAGGUGCUCACCAACACCUGCUCCCUGAAAACCACCAUCCAGGUCUUCCAGGAGGAGCUGCAGCUCCUGAAGGGCAAUUUCCAGAAGGCUGGGCUGGAGGAGCUGCGAGAGCAGGCAGUACAGCAGGACAAGCACAGCCACCUCCUGCAGAGCAUCCUGAGCCAAAUGGCAGAGAUGCGGCAGCAGCUGAACUUCUUCCCCUGGCAGACCGGUGUGUUGUGCUCACUCUGCAGGCUGCCUGCUGGUGAGAACCUCUCCAGCCAGGAGCUCAUCCCUGAGGCCUCACAGAAAACAGCCCUCAGGGCCCCGUGCAGGCUGAGCUGUCUGUCAGAGCAGCAGGAGGAUGUGGAGACCUGCAUCACCUGCAGCAAGAGCACGCUUCAGCAGCACGCCCCCGUGUCCCUGUCUUUCUCCCAGCCACGCUGCCUGCAGCAAAGCUUUGGUGUGUUUUCAGCUGGCCUGAGGACCUCAGAGGAUGCGGCUGUGGAGAAGAUGCAGGGAGAAGGGUCAGAUUUUGGCAGGGAGGUGCUGAACCAGGUGGGACAGCUACAAGAGCAGUGCAUAAGACUCCAGGAGGUUGCAGAGCAGCUGUGGGGUGACUCCAUGGACACCCAGAAAGAAGAUGAGACUACACUGGAGACCAAAGCAAGCCAGGAUGAGUUGCAAAAUACCAUGGGCCAGCUGAACGAGAUGAUGCAGGACUUGCUGCAGAGGAUGUUCCUGCAUGGCCAGGACAGGCAUAAAGCUUCAGAGCACAUCAGAGAGAUGAACUCCAAGGCACAGCGACAGCAGACUAGGAGGCUCGACAAGCAGUGCCACUGCCAUGGACCUUACCUUAAUGCCAACAGUGCCAAUAGCUUCAAGAGGGACCUCUCUUGUCCCACCAAGUGCAUGUCCUGUGACAGACCUCUGGCUGCAGCCCCAAGGAUGCCCUUGGUGACAGUGCGGAAGGCCAGCAUGCACCUCCAGUCCCAUCAGACCAGCGGCUCCAACUGCCUGGCACAGCAGCUGUCAGGGAGAGAGGCUGAAGGGAGCGACCAGAUGAGCCAGGAUCCUACACCUCCCACCCAGCCACCAUCUGCCUCCAGCUCCCUCACCACCGUCUGUCCCUUCGGAGUCCCUGCAGACCUCACUUACAAGAACGGUCAAGUGGAUAUUUUGGGCAUUGAUGGAAUCAUCUACAAGGGCAGGCUAAACUCACAGGCCACCAAUGGGACCAACACUCAAGGCAGGGACUUCCCAGGCACCAAAUCCCCCCAGCCCUCUGCUCAGCACACCAAAGAGAAGGUGCGCCGCAACCCCAAGUACGGCAGCCAAUACGUGUCCCCAUACUCAUGUGCUGCCAUGAGGACAAGGACGGUCUCCUCAACGGGUCGGUGUUCGGCCUCUGUGGGUGGCAGCAGGAUGGCAAGUGUCUGAGCUGGCUGCGGGUGGUGUGAGUGUACAGCAAGGGGCUGCAGGGACUGCAUCUCCUCCCUCACAGCCUCUUAUCACAGCAGGUUAACACCAUAUGUCAUAAAUAUCUCUGCUGCCCGGGC